AUUGUGUAAUAAGCUGCUUGCAUGUUGAUCUGAUUUUGCCAUUUUUUGUUUUAUAUUGAUGUGAAUGAAUGUGAUUUUUAUGGAAAGUACUUGGAAAAUACUUGGCCUUGUGAGAUAAUUAUUUAUCGUUGGAUUCUCGAAGUCGAAGGAGUGAGGCACAGAUAAUUAGGCAGACUUUACUUUAUAUAAACACGCCGUUCAUUUUUGGAUGAUUGAUUCCAUAACUUAAAUCAACGAUCUGCGCCAAAACAAGAAUCCCCUCUACCCCUCAAUUGAAAGUUAAAAGAUAAACAAACAUCACAUCACAUCACAUCCUCCUACAUAAUGACCACUCCUCGAGUCUUCGUGAUCCGCCAUGGUGAAACCGAAUGGUCUCUCAAUGGUCGACAUACUGGCAUCACAGAACUUCCUUUAACUGCCAAUGGAGAAAAGAGAAUUCGCGCAACGGGAAGAGCAUUAAUUGGUGAUGAUCGAUUAAUUGUUCCUAGAAACUUGGCUCAUAUCUAUGUCUCCCCACGAAAACGUGCCCAAAGAACCCUCGAACUCCUCGAAGUAGGAUGUGCCGAGAAACUUCCAUGGGAAGAACGAAGAAAACAUGCUGAAUCUGGAAUCCGCACGUCGGCAAAAGUAGAAAUCACCGAAAACAUCCGGGAAUGGGAUUACGGUUCUUACGAAGGAAUCACCUCUGUACAAAUCCGCUCUGAUCGCAAAGCCGCCGGACUUCCCGAGUGGGAUAUUUGGCGCGAUGGUUGUCCGGAUGGCGAAUCCCCCGAACAAGUCACCGAACGUAUCGACGCUCUCAUCUCGGACAUUCGAUCCAAAUACCACGGUCCCGUAAUUGGGAAAGACAAAAAGGAAGCGGGACCGGGAGAUGUGUUGAUUGUAGCGCAUGGACAUAUCUUGAGAGCGUUUGCGAUGCGAUGGGUUGGAAAGACGUUACAGGAUGGACCGACUUUUUUGCUCGAGGCGGGAGGAGUAGGAACGUUGAGUUAUGAACAUAAGAGUUUGGAGGAACCGGCUAUUUUGUUGGGCGGUGCGUUUAUGGUGGAUGUGGUUGAGAAUUCGGUGGAGGAUGAGAAGGAAAAGGAGGGGAAAUAAAUGAGUGGUUUUACGAGGUGAGGAUGGGUUUUUGUUGAUCUUUAGAGAAGCAAUUAGAGAGAUUUUAGAGAUGUUUAGAUAGUUUCAAUGAUUAAACAACAUUCAAUGUACC